UAUACACUAUCCAAUUACCUUGUAGCACAGCGGGUAAACAGUCUCUGGUCAAACAUAUACACACUGAAACGUUUACUAUACACAAAUAAUAGCUACGUUAAUAUUGAAACCAAACUUGAGAAUUGUUAUGGCAGAAAAAAAAUUCAAAUGUGAUGUUUGUGUAAAGAGUUUUGUCCGAAGCGGUGACUUAAAGAGGCACACGAGAACCCAUACUGGCGACAGGCCAUACAACUGUGAUGUUUGUGAUAAAGAUUUCAGUGCGGCUAGUUCCUUACAAAGACACAAACAGUUACACACCGAACAAAUGCCUUACAAAUGUGAUAUUUGUAACAAGAAUUUUAAAUGCAAUGUCAACUUGAAAAGUCACCUGAAGACGCAUUCCAGUGAAAUGUAUAAAUGCCACGAGUGUAAUAAGUCAUUUAAGAGAAGCAGUUAUUUAAAGAAACAUGCUGCAUUACACGGGAAUGAAAAACGCCAUAUCUGUGAAGUCUGUGGUAAACCUUUCCAUCUAGAGAAUUCAUUAAAGCGUCACAUGAAAAUCCAUACUGAUGUCAAACGAAAUAGUUGUGAUGUAUGCGGUAAAUUGUUUUUACGGAAAAGUAGCUUACAGGAACACAAGAUAAUACAUUCUGGUGUCAAACCAUACAACUGUGAUGUGUGUGGAAAAGAUUUUAGGACGAAUGGAAACUUAACAGAACACAAGCAAAUUCACAACAACGAAAAGGCUUAUAAAUGUGAUGUCUGUGGUAAGACGUUCAAACAUGCAUACUAUGUGAAGAAACAUGCUAGAAUCCACACUGGUCAAAAACCUUAUAAGUGUCAAGUGUGUAAUAAGGAAUUCAGCUGGAUUGCAAACCUAAUAGUUCAUCGCAGAAUACACACGGACGAAAAACCUUAUAAAUGUGACGUGUGCGGUAAAGAUUUUCGUCAAGACAGUUCAUUAACAACACAUAUAAGAACCCAUACCGGUGAAAAGCCUUAUAAAUGUGAAAUAUGUGGGAAAGGGUUUAGUCAAACAUCUUGCCUCAAGCUACACAAGAUACAUCAUACUGGUGAACAAGCUUUAACGUGUAAUGUAUGUGGUAAAGGGUUUACCCAAAAGAACUACUUUCAGGCACACGUAAAAAUGCAUUAUGGGAUAUAUCUGCACAGAUGUAGUCUGUGCGGUAAAGGAUGGUGUACGGAUAACGACUUACAAAAACACAUGAGAGUACACACCGGUGAUAAACCUUAUAAAUGUGACGUAUGUGAUAAAAGGUUUUGUUCAAGUAGUUCACUGUAUGGACAUAUGAAAACACAUACUGGUGACAAACCACACAAAUGUGAUUUGUGUAACAAAGAUUAUGCUAACAAGGCUUCCUUACAAGUACACAUAAGAUCACAUACUGGGGAAGCUCCUUUUGAAUGUGAUGUAUGUGAUAAAAGGUUUACUCAACGAGCAAGUUUGAAAAGACACAGAAGAACACAUACUGGUUAGAAACCUUAUCAGUGUGAAUUUUGCACCAAAGAGUUUAAUGAGGCAUGUCGCUUGAAGAAACACAUGAAAACACAUCUCGAUGUUUGAACCUUAUUUACUUGCUGUAUGUGAUUAUUUAAGUAACAUCUAAAGCACAUGACAUAACUCAUCAUAAAUGACAUAUCAGCAGUUUAGUGUCACUUGUAUGUCGAGGAAUAGGUCACUAGUAAAAUAAAAUACCUACAAACAUUAUAUAUACGUGAAAACCGCCAUAUGACUAGAAAUUCAUGAUUGGAAAACAACGACAAUUUCUGGCUUACGAUAAGCCAAACAAUUUCUCAAUUAAAAUGUUGUAUUUUAUUGCAUUUUUUUUUUUAAUUUCUCUAGUUUUAUGUAUACAAUUUAUUGUUGAUUCAUUUGCUUGAUUUAUAUGUUACGGGGACGGCACUUGGUACAAAUCAUGAAAUAUAAAACGAAAUAAUAACUUUUUAGCGAACAAUUUUUUGGGACAUAUUACCCCUUCGUUCAUUGGCUGAUACGCGGGUGGGUUUCCAUGGUAUCACUGGCUGAUACGCGGGUUGGUAUCCAUGGUAUCACUGGCUGAUACGCGGAUGGGUAUCUAUAGUAUCAGCAUGCAAGACAUAAUCAACUUACAUUAUUUCAAAAUGCACAAAGACAAAAUGUGAAGGAAUUACAAGAGCGUAAUAUAAUAAACAAUUGUCGACUAAUACUUGUUUUGGAGAUUGUGUAAUUAGCAAAAUAAGAGGAAGCCUGGCCAAAUUAGGAUGCACUGUUUUUCAACUGAUUGAAAUUAGGGGGGAAGUAAAUAUUAAAUGGUAUUUGUUUAACAGCUGAGCGAUUCCUGCUUUUUGAAGCCAAUUGUUUUUUGAGUGAUUAUCGUCUUUUAUAAAAUGUGAAAUUAUUAUAUGCUUUUGUAAAUCUAUUGUAAGUUGCUGUUGCAAUUUCUCUUGGCAGUUGUCAAAUGUAUAAUAUGUAUCUUUUAUAUGUCAAUGUAUGUUGUAAGGUUUUUUUUUAAUUUGAUUCUCGAAGCUUAAUGGCUUAUAUUUUAUUAUUUCGAUUUUAACAUAUGUAAUCAUGUUGUCCAGCAACAUAGACACAAUAUUUAAUCUGUGUCGCUGAAUUCACACAAGUCACUAGGUCAUGUACAAUGUAGGUCAGAACAAUGUUAAGUGAACUUUACAGAUACUAUAGCAUUGUCAUUCAAACCACACGAGUCAAUACAACAAUGAGCAAAUUAAAUCAUGACAUUGAUUAAAACAGUUGGGUUUCUUUUUCUGUGUCUUAUGAGGUUAAUUGUGCCGCUUGUGUCAUUUUCGUUAGUCCCACACCUUCGUUUUUUGUUUUUGAAAUUCAUCUUGCCUAU